UAAACAAUGAUUAUUUAUUAAGAGCUCAUACCACAGCCCAUGAUUCGGAGUUAAUAAAAUCUGGCUUAGACAAUUUUCUUGUUAUUGGUUGAUGUUGUUAGACUUAAAACUAGAGAACAAUUAUUUCCUGCUGAUGAAUCCUUAGAAUUAUUUGAAAGUGGAAACAAUACAACUAAUACUGGGAUUCAAGAGAAACAGGCAUGCCACACCUUGGAAGCAGUAAAAUUAAUGGAGCAUGAACUCAAAAAUACUUUAGAAGGAUUGGCCAAGACUCUGUUUGGUAGUGAUAUUAGAUUUCGAUGGACUGACUCCACAUUUCCAUUCACUCAACCAUCAUGGGAGCUAGAGGUGCAUUAUAAUAAUCAGUGGCUAGAAUUACUUGGUUGCGGAAUUCUUCAACAGCCUAUUUUAUACAGAGCCGGUGUUCUUAAUAAAAUAGGUUGGGCUUUUGGUUUGGGUUUAGAAAGAGUUGCAAUGUGCAUAUAUCAAAUACCAGAUAUUCGCCUUUUCUGGUCUCAAGAUUCAGGCUUUUUAAGUCAGUUUAAAACAAGCGAUCCAAAUGCAAAGAUUAUUUAUAAGCCAGUGAGUCAAUAUCCUCAAUGUAUAAAUGAUAUAAGUUUUUGGUUGCCUGACGAUGCUCAAGAAUUUUCAUCCAACGAUUUUUACGACAUUGUUCGAAGUAUUGGAGGUGACAUCAUUGAGCAAGUUUCAUUGGUAGAUGAAUUUUUUCAUCCCAAAACGAAGAAAACCAGCCAUUGCUAUAGGAUUGUUUAUAGACAUAUGGAGAGGACAUUGACUCAAGCAGAAGUUAAUCAGGUACAUAAAAAAAUUGCUAUGCAAGCAACUAAAUCACUUGGAGUUACUGUUCGUUGAUGCAUCCCUCAUUUUUUUUUACUUUUAUUAUUACUAAGUACUCCAAAUUAUUCGCAAAAUUUUUUCCUAAUGUAGAUAAUUGUAAAUAAAUUUUUAAUGUUU